AGCUUGGCUUCAGCGAUUCCUGCUGGUGUUUCUUCCACAGCGAUAGCAAUGUUGGUUUUGAUAGUAGGAAUCGGUGUUCAGUGCUAUACGGUUGUGUGAGUGACAUAAUACCGGCGUAUGUUUAUGUUGUGCCAUAUGAUGAGUAAAAAAUGACAUCGACGACUACAAUAAGAAAAUCCUACGGGAGCAGAAAGAUCUUUACCUUUCCUGAAGACUAUUCUCUUCGAUCCCCGAAACAAAGACCAAGUUCGGCGAAUCUUCCCAGGAAGAACGAAGAAGCCACCAAAUUAAUUAAAUACAUUGAUGAUAACAUCAUCGGGAAAAAUAACGCCUUUUUGGGACCAUUCGGGCGCAGAAAAGCUGUUUAUUGCGAUUAUGCGGCCUCUGGGAGAUCCCUUCAAUUCAUCGAAGAAUAUAUCACACGUGAAGUUCUUCCAAGUUAUGGAAAUACACAUUCGACUACUUCCAUAACGUCUCUUCAGUCCACUAAUUUUAGACAAGAAGCCCGCGAUAUAAUUAAAAACGCAUCGAACGCCUCUGAUUCCGACGCGGUUAUUUUUACCGGUCAUGGUUGUACGGAUGCCCUCCAGAAAUUAAUCAGUGCUUUGGACCUGCGAGAACCCCCAAUUGUGUUCACUGGCUCAAGUGAGCACCACGAUAACAUCCACUUGUGGCAAGAAAUCGGCGCUAAGAUGAUCCGAAUUGCGGAGACCAAGGAAGGGUUCUUGGAUCUGGUCGAUUUGGAAAACCAGCUGCGUUUUCACCAGAAUUACGGGAGACAAAUGAUUGGGUGUUUUUCAGUGGCUUCCAAUGUGACUGGGAUUGUUAUUGAUGAUGUUGCCUGUACUAUUCUGCUGCAUCAGUACCAAGCACUUGCUUUCUGGGAUUACAACAUCGCGGCUCCGUCAAUUAACAUCAAUAUGAAUCCCGUUGUUCCCGGAGUUGAGGAAAAUUCGGCGAACAAAGACGCGAUUUAUUUCUCCGGACAUAAGUUCGUUGGUGGUGUUCAAACUCCGGGAAUUCUUAUUGCCAAAAAAACUAUUUUUAGACGUCUAAAUUCGUGCGAAACAGACGGCUUCUUCACGUCACAAGAGUACAAUAAAAGUUUUGAGAUGCAAGAAGAGGGAAGUUGUGCAGCUGUGGUCGAAUCAAUCAGAGCUGGACUUGUCAUGCAAUUGAAAGAGACCGUCACUGUUGCCAACAUUGUACAAAGACAGGAGAAAAUUAACAAACAAAUGCUGCAACACAUUCGAACCAUUCCUGAAAUAAUCCUCCUGGGGAACACUUCACCGAACUUGCGCAGGAUUCCAGUCUUCUCCUUCAUGGUGCGCCACCCCAGAGGCACUUUCCUACACCACAAUUUCGUCGCWGCCGUCCUUAACGACGUUUUCGGGAUCCAAGCCCGAGCUGGGUGUCCCUGCUCAGGAGUCUAUGCUCAGGAUUUGCUAGGAAUUGAUCCGUGUCUCGCCGAUCAGUACGAAAAUAUCAUCCUGGAAGACAGGCGACUYAGUAGUUUGGAUUUAGGGGUCGAUAACUCAAAUUUAGAGUUACUCAGGCCGGGUUUUACCCGAAUCAGUCUUCCUUACUUUAUCAAUGAUGCUGAGUUGGCUUUUAUCAUGGAAGCUGUAAAGAUGGUAGCGACCGAAGGCUGGAAGUUGCUACCUCAGUACGUCGURGACCUCGARACCGGUCAAUGGCGCCACCACACCAACGCCAUGUUAAAAGAYCGGAAAUGGUUAUCGUCAAUACGAUACGUCGAUGGUAAAAUGACAAUGAACGAAAGACGGGUUUCCGGACCCGGACUUUUCCCUCAAAGUCACCAGGAGUGUUUACAAACUGCCAGAAAUUUAUUCAACCGGGCCCGGAAAACUGCCAAUCGGACUCCUUACACCGACCAAGGGAUUAGUUUCGACUCCCGAGGGGAGAAACUCCGGUGGUUUAUGUUACAACACGAAGCUCAGAAUAUCCUCACUAGUAACGCACAAAACAUCAAACAGAAAGUACCCUUCGAUCCUGUGACUUACUCAGGAUCUAAAAGAACCGAAACCAAGGAACACAACCCGCCCCCGGUAUCAAACUCUGGCUCCCCGAGACAUUUCAGCUUACCCUCAAUUGAUGACCCGAGAAUCCUCACAUGUUCCUCUCCAGUCCCGUAUUUCYUACAAGACGUAAACGGCCUUUACUACCCUCAAUUGAGUCAACCUACGGUCAAUUUCGCUGUUGGUGAGACCGUCAAUUCGGCCAAUUUGAACCACUUGCAGAAUUUUGCAAGGGAGAGGUGUUUGAGUUUAGGGGCGCCUAAUAUCUCACCGCCGGUUUUGAGUCCUCAAACACGGGCUAGUCUAGGUAUGAAACACUUCAGGCAAAGAAACUUCAGUUAUAGUAGCCAGAAUGAGUUGCAUUCCUUGGAGUCGGAAAAUAACGUUUCGCCCACUCACAGUUUGAAUGUCCUCUCGACGAGUAGUUACGAAAGUCAAGUGGGGCGGGCCUCCCCAGCCCCCGACAUCCAAACUUAUGUCACGGAAAUGACCAAAGAACUCGCCACGAAUAUCAAAUCCGAGAUUCGUGAAGUGAUUUCACGAGUGGAAGAUGUGUUAGAAAACACUGAUAGUAUUGUUUGCUACGAGCGACAUGGAAGUGGGAGCGAGGAUGGUCGUAGUGACUCGAUUUCGGCCAAUGAAGUCGCUGAAUAUAUCGAAAAAGUUUCAAUUGAGAUGGCGAAUGAGGUUAAGAGUGAAAUCAGGGAUGUUGUUAGUGCUGUUGACGUGUUUAUAACACCUGAUUGUCAGUAUUCUCGUGAGGAGAAGAACGAGUUGAGGGAGGUUUACACUCCGGGUUCCAGUAGCGAAACUGUCAUUCAUUUAAUCAACCGACUUAGUGAUGAAGACGAAACGCAGCGUGAGRAACCGUACAAGAACAAGAUUUUAACCUCGACUGUUGCUAGUGUUAGUUCGCAAGAUAGCGGGAUUAACUUAUCAUUCCACGAGCAAGAGUACUUAAGUAACGAGUUUGGGAAGACUCGCAGCAAUUCCGAGUCAUUGGCUCGCAAGUCGGAGAGCGAAGUGAAGUUUUCGACGUUGCAAAAACAGAAACAGAAAUAUAUUAGGACGACUAGCGACAGUGGRGCUUUGGAGGCGGCGGCGGCGAAAUGGAUGUGUUCACCGAAAAGUAUUUGGCAGCCGACGGUGGAAGCCAUCCAAGAGUUUGAAAUGAUCAAAGAUGGGGAUAAUGUCAUGGUUUGUUUAUCAGGGGGAAAAGACUCGCUCAGUCUCUUGCACACGCUUUUGCAAUUCCAAAAUUACGCCCAAAAUAAGGGGAUUUUGUUCAGUUUGGGGGCGGUGACGGUGGAUCCGGACACGUCAGGGUGCGACCCCUGUGUCCUUAUCCCUCAUUUGAGGAGUUUAGGAGUGCACUACAUCAUCGAUGAUAAGAAGAGCGAUCCGGGGGAUGAAUCAGAACAAAGAGAAGAAGCCAAAGAGAAUCUUUAUAGCUUUUGUACGUCAAGCACUCGUCGUCGUUUAUAUUCCGCAGCCAAAAGUUCGGGGUAUAAUGUCCUGGCCAUUGGCCAACAUUUGGAUGAUCUCUGCGAAAAUUUCUUCCUUUCGGUGUUCCACACCGGGAGGUUGCGCACCAUGAGAGCUCACUAUUACAUUAAGGAACACAAACUUAGAGUUAUAAGACCGUUUGUGUACGUUCGAGAGAAGUAUUUGCGCCAGUUUGUCAGUAAUCAGAAUUUGCCGGUUUCCGGUAACGUUUGUGGUCCAGAUUUGACAAAAGAGAGGCAGAGGAUUAAGCAGGUGUUGACGCAGCAGGAAAUUCUGUUUCCGAAGUUGUUUACCAGUCUUCGGUCAGCACUACAUCCACUGAUUGGUUUCCAAAUCAAAGAGUGUGAAGUUAAGUAUCGACGAAGAUUGAAAUCGAAGGAGAAUGAAGAUUGCUCGGAGAAUGAGACUGAUGAGGAACCGGUCGUGUCAGGGGACUCGAACUGCUAAUUUUCUGGAUGAGUGUUUUGGUGUGAGAGUCAUAUCAAAAAUUUUUCGAAUUUUUGAUUUUUGUACAAAUUUUGUGAUUGUCGCGGUCUCAAGAAAUUUUUUACCAAGACCGCAUUAUUUUCCAAUAAUUGGAACAGAAUGAUAUUAUCGACUGAGUUACUUUUAUAUUGUAUUUAAUUUCUACUUAACGCGUUGAUGCAUUUUUAGUUAAGUACAGUGUUGAUGUGGUAUGGAUUGUGCAGUUUCCUUUAGGGAGUGUGAUUUUGAAAGUAUAUAAUUGUUGCAUUCAGAUUUAAGAUAUUUAAUAAUGUUAAUAUGAGUGAAAUGUAUUUUAUUUCCUAAAAACUGUAAUAAAAACUUGAAAUUUCA